UGCAUGGCCAGAAUAUGGCUUUGAUGUCUGCACUCCUGAGUGUAUCUUCGUGUCUUCCUAUCUCUGCGCUUUGCCAGAUGUCUAGUCUUCACUGGAUGUUUAGUGGGCCUGACUUGGACUAAGUGUCCAUCUAUGUCAUCUCUGCUGUCAGAGUGCCUAGGUGCCUGCAACACCCAGUGUGUGUGCAUCCGCAUAUGUGUGCACACAUGGGUGUGUGUGUGCACAUGUGGGUGUGUGUGUGCACAGGUGUGUACAUGUGUGCGCAUGUGGGUGUGUAUGCACACGUGGGUGUGUGUGCACAGGUGUGUAUAUGCGCAUGUGGGUAUGUGUGCACACGUGGGUGUCUGUGUGUGUGCAUUUGUGGGUGUCUGCAUGCACAGGUGUGUACAUGUGUGCACAUGUGGGUGUGUAUGUGUGCACACAUGGGCGUGUGUGUGCACAUGGCGUCUGUGUGUGUGCGCAGGUGUGUACAUGUGUGUGCAUGUGGGUGUGUAUGCACAAGUGGGUGUGCAUAUGUGGGUGUGUGCAUGUGUGUGCACAUGUGGGUGUGGGUGUGCACCAGUGUGUACAUGUGUGCAUAUGUGGGUGUGUAUGUGUGCACACGUGGGUGUCUGUGUGUGUGUGCACAUGUGGGUGUCUGCGUGCGUGUGUGCACAGGUGUGUACGUGUACGCAUGCGGGUGUGUGCACACGUGGGUGUCUGCAUGUGUGUGCACAUGUGGGUGUGUAUGUGUGCAUGUGCACAUUGAGUAUGCAUGUGUACACAUGUGUGGUGUGUGUGCACGUGUGUGCACACAUGAGUAUGUGUGCAUGUGUGCACAUGGGCAUUUAUGUGUGUGUGCCCGUGUGUGCACCCGUGUGUGCACUCAUGUGUGCACAGGUGGGUGUGUAUUGUGUGCACAUGUGUGUUUGCAUGUGUGUGCACAUGGAUAUAUAUAGACACAUGCUUGUGUGUGUCUCCCAGAGACCAUUGCUGGAUCAAUGUGGGGAUUAUGUGGUGUCCCCAUCACCCUGGGUCUGCCUGUGCAAUUUAGCCAGAAUCUCCAGGGGCCACGAGCCUUGUGAGUAGGCCUUGGACCGAGCUUGGGAAUGUGCCUGGUGAGUCUGAAAGUCCACUGUCGUCUGUGUUACCUCAUGGCUGUGUGCGUAAGCCUACAUGUGUGAGUCUGCACGUGUGUGCCUGCGUGUCUGUGGGUGUGCCUGGGUGCUCAUGUGUGUGCCUGUGUGUCGAACUGGUGCCUUUGUAUUCAUAGGAGUGGCCGUCUGUCCAGGUGUGCCUGUGUCACGUGUGUCUGUAUCCGUGUGUGUGUGUGUUUCUUUUCAUGUGCAUACCUUUGUGUUUGCUUGUUUCAACAGCAUCACCCUGUCCACCAAACUGGGCAAGUUCUUCACUGUUAGGCCACAGGGUACAAGAGGGGAGAGUGAGACUGAGCCAGGGGGACAUGUGAGCAGCCUGGGAUACAGGCUGGAGCGCCAGGAAUGACACGUCUCCUCAGAGAUGCCUGAGGUGUCUGAGGAUGAGAAGCAAGUGGGGGCUGUGGCAGGCCAACCUCCCUCAGCCCACAAUCCCUCCCACAGAAGGAGGAGCUGCCAGGACCCACCACAUUUGACAUCUACGAAUUCCACUUCUCUGACCUGGAGUGCACCGAACUGGACCUGGUCAAAUGUGGCAUCCAGAUGUACUACGAGCUGGGCGUGGUCCGAAAGUUCCAGAUCCCCCAGGAGGUGGGAGACACCGCAGGGCGCAUAGUCAGGUCCCUGAGGCCGCCCAGGAUGUGGGGGUGGGAUGUGAUCAGGGCCUCAGGUGCCCCAGAAGGUGAGGGGGAUGGGAUUGGGGGUUCCAGAUCCCACAGGAAGUUUAGAGGGCAGACAUGUUCAUCGCAGAACAGGUAAAAUGCACACGGGAAGUAAGCAUAAAACAAAUAAUUGGAUGGCUGGGUGGAUGGCUGGAUUGAUGGGUGGAAAGCAGGGAGGAAGGAGGGAGGUUAGGAAGGAAGGAAGGCAAACAGGCAAGCAGAAAGAAACAAUGGAAGAAUAAAUGAAUGGAUGGGUGGAUGCCAAUGGUAGUUGGAUGGUUGGAUAAAUGGACGGAUGGGUGGGUGGGCCAAUGGUAGUUGGAUGGUUGGAUAAAUGGACGGAUGGGUGGGUGGGCCAAUGGUAGUUGGAUGGUUGGAUAAAUGGACGGAUGGGUGGGUGGGCCAAUGGUAGUUGGAUGGUUGGAUAAAUGGAUGGAUGGGUGGGUGGGCCAGUGAUAGUUGGAUGAUUGGAUAAGUGAAUGGAUGGGUGGAUGGAUGGAGAAGUGGUUGGGUGAGUGAUGAGUAGGUGGGUCAAUUAAUGAAUUAAUAGAUGGGUCGAUGAAUGGGUGAAUGGAUGGGUGGACAGUAGAUGGAUGGUGAAUGGAUAGAUUUAAAGUUUUUUUAUUAGGAGUUCCAAGCAAUUUGACCAUUAGGUACAUCAUCUGGCAAUAACAGGGGAUUUGGUGUGGGGUACUGAGGAGAUAGAAGCAUCCCAUCACCUAAACAGAAAGCACAAAGUGGGCCUCCAGGUUUGGCCACAGCAGCGCUCCUCGGAGACCCCCUGGGGAGGCGGGUGGCUUUCCCAGCCCUCGUCCACAGCCCUGUGCCCUCCCUGGGUUCUCCUGCCCUGCCCUGCUUCCAACAUCUCAGGGGACUUCCCACAGCCCAAGGAAGAGAAUCCUCUUUUCUCAUGCCCCUCUGAGAACAGGUGCAGCAGGUCAGCAUUUCCAAAAAAAGUUUUACUAAAUACUAAGGGAAAACACUCAAGGAAAAAUGUAUAGAAAAUAUUUGCAGAAUAAAAAAUAUUUCCAAAUAAUUUUCUGACCCUAAAAAUCACAGUGGCCGCAGGAAGAGCCUCCUGGUGACCAGCAUUCUCUUGCCCUGCAGACAUCGGCUCUCCCACCCCAGCCUGCAGCCCACACAUUCUGCCCAUUCAAAUGUCCAUGCCUAAAACCGACAUCUUAAAAUAAGCCGCAUCCCCAGGGGUCCUCCUCCCAGCUUGAGGCCAGGCAGUCGGAUGGAGGAUGGGCGGCCCCUGAAGCCUGGGGCUGUUCUCAGUUCCUGCCCUGCCUGGCUCCACCCCAUAGGUGCCAGUGUGGCAGCCCCUACCCAGGAAGGCCAGCGGAGGCCAGUGGGAAACGCCAGGAUGGGGAAGGUCAGGGAGUCCAGGAGACAGGGUAUGGGGACGAUGGCACGGAGCAGGGCUUCCACGGUGAAGUCAGCCACAUGUGCCGCUCCGGCGGGACUUAACACAUUUGCCGCCAGAGCCCUGUGUCCUCUCGGCUCCCCUAGGUCCUGGUGCGGUUCCUGUUCUCCAUCAGCAAAGGGUACCGGAGAAUCACCUACCACAACUGGCGUCACGGCUUCAAUGUGGCCCAGACGAUGUUCACGCUGCUCAUGGUGCGUGGCUGCCAGAAUGACCAGGGUUGUGCAGGCCCUUCUGGUACCAAGGGCAGCGCUCAUGCACCCCGAGGGAUGAGAUGGGGUCCUCCCAGGGCAGAGGGAUGGAGGAGGGCAACGCCGUCUGACGCCGCGCACCCCGCACCCCAGCCCUGCAGCGGUUGGAGGUCCGACCUCCAACCUGACUCCUCUGUCAUCCCAACCCCUCACCACUCCCCACCCUGCUGGAGCCAGGACCGGUGAGCAAGGCAGCCCUGUCUCUACAGACCGGCAAACUGAAGAGCUACUACACGGACCUGGAGGCCUUCGCCAUGGUGACAGCCGGCCUGUGCCACGACAUCGACCACCGCGGCACCAACAACCUGUACCAGAUGAAGUAGGCACCACAGGGCGGGCAUGUGAAUUAGCCCUAAAUCAACGCCACGCGCUUGGCGUGAAUCAGGCUCCGCAUAGCAGGCUAUGUAGAAAGUGGGGUCCACGGCCAGGGCCCGUACUCCAGCACUGUGGGAGGCCAAGGCGAGCGGAUUGCUUGAGCCCAGGAGUUCGAGACCAGCCUGGGCAACAUGGCAAGAUCUCUACAAAAACUUAAAAAAAAAAAAACCAGCUGUGUAUGGUGGCGCACGCCUGUGGUCCCAGCUACUUAGGAGGCUGAGGUGGGAGGAUCACGUGAGCCCAGGAGGUCUAGGCUGUGUCCAGCCAUGACUGCACCGCUGCACUCCAGCCUGGGUGACAGAGCCAGA